UCGUCUUCCCUCUCCCCAAUUUCGUCCUCGCUCUCUCUCUCUCUCUCUCUCUCUCUCUCUCCCCCUUUCUCUCUGAUGGUGGUGGAACUUAACCGGAAGGCAAUUAGGAAGCAACGCCGCCUCUGACGCCGGAGAGCGAGAGCCAUGGAGACCUUUCGCCGCCAGCGAAGCCCCCUUGCGGAUCGUUUCCUAGGCCUCUUUGCUGCCUCCUCGCGGCCCAACACACCCGCCGUGAGGGAGGAGCUCCACGAGAACGCCGCCGCCUUAUGGUUUGGUUCGGAAUCCAACACCCGUGACCCGAUCCGCCCCACCUUUCCUGGACCCGCGCCUCUCGGCGACAAGGGACAUCGCGGCAUCUCCCGCCUGAGUUCCGGCAUCCUCGCCGCUCUCUCGGAGGAUCAUCAGAGGCCGCACACUUUCCUCUAUCGAAAGGUUUCCUUUGCUGCUUCCCCGCCCGCCGCGCGCUUGGAGUCGACUCCGGUGGCUUCUGCCCUGAUGAUCCCCGGGAUGUCCAAGCCGAAAUUGGAUUACUCAAGGUCGAUGCCUGCCGGGAAGAUCUUCCAGAAGUCAGCUCCAGUCAACGUGCCUGCGACUCAGACCUCGGUGGUGCCCAAGGUAAAAAAAUGGUGGGAGGAGCUCGACGGUGAGGGGGGCGACGAUGACCGGGAUGAGCACGAGAUGCUUCCGCCGCACGAGAUCGUGGCGAGGGCUUCCGGGAAUGGGUCGCCUAUGCUCACCUUCUCCGUCCUGGAGGGAGUCGGGAGGACGCUCAAAGGGAGGGAUCUGCGCCGAGUUCGCAAUGCUGUGCUCGAGAAGACAGGUAGGGAUAUCUCAAGAGGUAGUGCAGCGGUGGUUGUUGGUGGCGGUCAUUGAUGAAGCAUUUGACGAGAUUCUACAGAGGACAUCGAUUCGGAGAGGGAGGCAAUGACCAUGGUGGCACAGGAGAAGGAAGAGUGCAAGGCAAGGAACUGGUCAAUCACUGGCCGCGGCCAUGUAGAUCUCCAUGCAUAUGCCCUCGAGCAUCUUAAAGGAGGCUAGAGUCGACAUUGCGAUUGAUAUAGACACAUGCCAAAUGACAUGCCACAAGUGCACUGUCGUAAUGCUGCCAAACUGGCCAACACCAGCACCAAGUGAACACAAAGAGGAAGGAAACCAAGUAAUUUCCAAUGGCACCAACUAUGAAAGUAUCUUUGUCCAUUCAAGGAGGAGAUGAUGAUGGGUCGUUUUUAAUCACCCUAAUGGUCUGAACGUGGGUGCAAGCAGAAGAAAGUAGUUUAGAUCAAUUACCGCUUUUGUGAUGCGAGAAGACAAGCCACAUG